UAGUGGUGUUUGUUCUUCUUUAAAUACGAACUUCUUUGCAGGAUAUUCCAGCUUAAAGCUGGCUAGUGCACAUGCUUCAAAAAAUUUAUAUAUACAUCCCAUAACAACACAUCCCUAUACUCACCUGCUCCCGUCUCUUUAUUUCCUUUGAUCUUCUUCGCUCGAAAGAAUGACUUCUUCCUUCCAAUGUCUAGCCUAUCUCUACUUGAGCUUUCUUUCCUUCAUUCUUAUACCCAAAACCUUUGCUUGGGAUUGGGGACCUGUGGAUACCACGGAAGGCUUCGUUUCUCUCCCUCUAGAUCAAUCUCACUAUCACAUUCAGAGACCCUAUGAUGUGCCUGAAGACCAGCGUUAUAGCUUCAUCAAUGGAAUUCACAAGUGUUGGGUUUACUCUACAGACAAGCCUCACACUCGUACGAGUCAAACCAAACCCCGAACAGAGAUUGCCAUACACGACUACGGUUAUUCAUCAGGAGUUUGGCAGUUUGAAGGAUAUGGAUAUGUGCCAAACGGGACAUCAGGCGUGUGCAUCAUGCAAGUAUUUGGAGCAAGUCCCCCUCACGCCACGACGCUAAUGAUUAGAGUGUAUAAUGGUUCGCUCAUGUACUAUAAGGGUCCAGUCCUUGUACCAAACAUUUAUGAUAGGUGGUUUCGACUGAAUGUCAUCCACAAUGUUGAUGCCGCAAAAGUGAAAGUUUAUGUUGAUGGGCAUCUCAAAUUGGUGGCAGAAGGCCGUGGAGGAAACUCUCAUGCCUUCAAAUGUGGUGUCUACGCGCAAAAUGACGACUCCCUUUGUAUGGAGUCUCGUUGGAAAGGCAUCAAAGUAUUAAGAAAAUGUGACUGAUCAUGAGUUUGGUGUACGUGAGACUCUUGUAUUUGAACCGAUUAUUAAUGAGUUGUCUUAAGGAGCAAGACUAAA